AUGUCCUACAGCUGCUACUCUGGAAACUUUUCCUCCCACUCCCUUGGGGGUUACCUGAGUUACCCAAGCUCCUGUGGCUCUUCCUGUCCCAACAACCUUGUCUACCUCAGACCUCUGCUCUCCCAGCACUUGCCAGCUGGGCCCCUCCCUGUCCAGUGGCUGCCAGGAGACCUACUGUGA